UCAUGCUGCUGCCAGGUCCCGAGUGUCUCAUGGGUCCCUGUACGGCCUCCCAUUGCUGCUGUCUCCAUCGCCACACUCUGCCAUGUGCCACUUUCAGGUCUCCUUACACUGUUGGUGGGUUCCAUUUUGUGAUAGGGUGCUGUAUGGCCUUCCAUUGCUGCUGCUUCCACCGCCACCCUGCGCCAUGUGCCUCUGUCGUCUGCUCACGCUGCUGACGGCUUCCGCUUUUUAACCGAGGCCUGUGUUUGGCUUCCGAAUACUGCUGCCUCCACCGCCACCCUGCGCCAUGUGUCUCUGUCGUCUGCUCACGCUGCUGACGGCUUCCGCUUUUUAAC